AUGGGGGGCUUUAUCCUCACUAGUUCGGAUUAUCCUGACGGGUUCCCGAUUGAUGCUGAACAACUCUUCUUUCCUGUGAACAAGUUCUGGCGCAUCGGACAAGGGUAUCCCAUUACUACCCUUGAGCUGACGACGAUUACACUUUUAUUCCUCAUGUUGGGGAUUUCAAACCCGUCGUAUCGUCCGCAGCGGUGCUCCGUACUCGGGACAACCGACUAUUCUAGAUAUUCGCCGAACUGCGAGAACCUCGACGCAUCCGGAACUUCAACAUACUUGGCAUACUACUCCAACGUCAGCUUUCGACUGCAUCUUCCUCUUUUCGGUCGAGAGGUCACUGCCACCCCCUGGGACAGAAUUCCUGGUGACAUUUUGUACCCACUGGAAUGGGGCCAUCCCGAUGUGUAUCUCAUCCCCUUGGGUCUUCUUGUCCAGCAGGCUUACACCGUCUAUCACACUGUUUACUCUCUGGUCGACACUUUCUACUUCACUUACAUCUCAUAUCGAGAUAGGAAUGGUCAGCAAUCACUUCUACCCAAGGUGUCGCCUCACCGUGAGAUGAUUUCAUACCCAAUUGCUCGGGUCCCUUCCCCAACCCAAGAACCCAUCAGCUCCGACAAUAUGGAGCUUCAGCGGCGACUACUCGGAUCUAUGACGAACCUCAAAAUUUGGGCUGCAAGCCUCAGAAACAUCUCACCAGAUGAAGACCCAGAUAUGGAGAUUUCGCUGAGGUGGACGAGCGCGUUUUUCUUUCCGACAGUUGUCUGAAUUUUUCGUCGACGCUAUUUCUACAUUGAGGACUUGAUCAGUCUUCGGUCACGCCGGCAGGGGUCUACAGCUCGGCUCAGCGAAUAUUUCCAUUCAUCUGAAGCCACAUUUUCGUCAUCAUGUCGGAUGUUCUCUAUUUAAUCCAGAAGACACGCGUUGUCCUGAAACGUACGAUACUUGAUCUGCGUUUUGGCGAAUGUAUGGGAAGGAAACUCGGGGAUUUUGGUGUUUCGUGCUAUCGCGGCUCUUGGGUUCUGGCCUGGCGUUUGGAGAUGUGUACAAACAGGGGACAGGAUAAACUUAUGAUACCCUCUACUAUACACAAUGAAACUUUUGCC